CCAGCAACCCAGAGAUCAGGACUGGUGCAAGUAACCAGAAGUUUGUCUACACUUAAAAUGAGUGGAGUGACAACUUGGCUCAGAAAAUGAGCCCCGUCGGAGGAGACGCACAGGAGCUCGAUGACUCUGACCUGUUCAGAUCCCGCAGGCGAGAACUAUGGCGCCCGGAGGCUGGACCUGCUUCCUAACUGGACUCCUGUCUCUGGCGUGGGCUGCGGGCCACGACCACCAGGGGGAAGCAGACACCUACCACGUGAGUGCCGGUCACUUGUUUCUGCUGAGUUGCCAGAUUGCUGACGCUCAUUCCGAGAUAAAGUGGAGCAGAGGGGACGGGGGGGAUGGGAGCCUCCCCGCUGGGGUGGAGGUCAGAGACGGGUCGCUGUGGUUUCUACCCGUGCAGAUGACUCACAGUGGAAGCUACGUGUGUGAAAAAAGGAAUAAAAUGAAACCAUCAAAAGGACGAUUUAGAGUUUUAGUGUCCGGGUCGAGCUGUCCUGAUCCAAGUGAAGAGAUUUUGGCUACAAAGGAAACAAGUGAAGGUCUUCCGUGCAAACAGAACGAGAUCUUCAGACUGAGUCUCCCAAGGAAAAUACGAUGGACGAAGGACUGUCAGCAGGUGCAGUCGGAUGGAGAGCCCGUCCAUCCGAACACAAACGGCCUCAUGAGGCUGGCGGCCGUUUCGGAGGCAGAUGCAGGAAAGUACACGUGCCACGUAGACGUUACUGUAGACGGCCGGAAUUACACCGCAGCACGCAGCGUCCAGAUGACUGUCAAAAAUGGCACUCCGGAGAUCUUUCCAGAGAUUCAUGUUGUGAGGCCCAAAAACGAGGUGGUCAUAGUUGAAGUGGGUAAGAGAGCAGAGCUGCACUGUAAGGCCUACACCGGCUUCAGUGAGGACGAAGAGAUUUUCAUGUACUGGACCAUCAACGGGACAUACUCUAGCGACAUCAGCGGGCUGGUCGAGUCCUGGAAAUUUAUCCAUGAAAGAGGCAAAGUAUUUGGUGAGUCCACUCUGUCCAUCGCUACAGUUCGAAACGAGUUCCUGAACGUCCCCAUCCAUUGCCACAUCUCAAGCCCGGUGGAAGUGAAGGUCGGAGAGGCCCGGCUCCAAGAAGCUGACCCAACUGAACGCAACACGUUCUACAUGAUCGUGUCUCUCUGGCUCUCUGCCCUCUUUACCAUCCUGAUCCUGACGGCCUUCGUCCUCGUCUGCAAAGUCAACCUCUUCUUAGCGUACAGGGCACUGAAGACAGUGUUUUCCAAACAAGUUCCGGAUGGGAAACUUUACGACGCCUACGUGAGUGUCGGUCAGUCGGCCAUGCUGAGUUUGGACGGCGUGGCCUGCUUUGCCCUGCGCCUCCUGCCAGAGGAGCUGGAGCAGAAACACGGCUACUCCCUGUACAUCAGAGGACGGGACGACCGCCCUGGAGAAGCGAUCCACGACGUCAUCUCUGCCGCGGUGCGCCAAUGCCGCCGACUGCUUAUCGUCUUGUCGUCUGCCGGUAAAUCAAAGGAGACGGCGCAGUUCUGGGAGAAUCCCAACCAGCUCACGUACGAGCAGAAAGUGGGCCUUCAUGACGCUUUGAUGCGAAACGAUCCUAAAGUUAUUCUGGUGGAAGUCGACGGUCCGGUGGAUUACAGUCAGCUGCCGGAGUCACUGCGCUACAUCAAGCGGACACAAGGAGCUCUGGAGUGGAAAAGCUCGUUUGUUGAAACCAACAAACUGACUCAGAUGUACUUGAAAAGCAACUUUUGGAAGAGCCUGCGCCGUCACAUGCCAGCCGCACCUGCAAGGAGGCCGCAGAGCAUCGCUUGAAGCGGUGAACGUACUUUGAUUUGUCCGGAAGGCUUAAAGAUGGCAUCCAUCAGAAUCUUCAGUUGUCAGAAGUCUCGGUCCUGAAGCCGUCCACACGCGGGGACUAAACAACCUAUGCUUUUAUAAAGUGAAGAACAUUUCCUGAGCUGAGCUGUGUUACUUUCCUUGUCUUUGGUGUUGUUUUGAAGCAUCUCAGAUUUCUUUGACUCGAGCUGAUUCAGUUUGUAGGGCUCCAUGAAAGCUCUUUCUAUACUUGUUCCCAAACUCAAAUCUCUGGCCAAUGAAGUCCAGAGAUUUGAGUUCCUCUUCACAAAUCGAAGUGAAUGACAAAAAUUAUAAC